AUGGAUCGUAGAAAAGAAGAAUUAGAAAAGAAACGACAGAAAUUGGCAGAAUUGCGACGUGCCCGUGAGGAAAGACGAGCUUUGCUAGAAAGUCAGUCAACACAAACUACUACAACUACUUCAAGCACUGGAAGAGAUAGAAAGGCCAUUGACGACCUUGUUGCUUUGGUAUUGGGUGAACGAUCUUCUACACCUACCAAUGCUAACGGCAGUGGCAGCGAUCGUGGGUCUGAUGCGGGCUCAGAAUUCUCUACUUCACGACCUACUUCAGCUAACUUUGGUUACUCUUCUCCAGGCACCCCUAUUAGUCAGAGCGAUGCGCGGCUAUCGAUGUUAUCAGCCGUUUCCUCUUCAACACAAAUAGCACCAAACACACCUACUACAACAGCAAGCCAGCAUCAUUAUGUAGCAGAACUAACUGAAAGUCAAUCCACAAUAGCUGAUAUUCCACCACUGGAAAUUCAAACAACAGACGGAUCUAUGGAUGCUCCGCAAGUUUCAGAAGAGGAAAUCAGAAAACAACUCAUGGAAGAGUUCGAAGAACGAGAGAAACAAAAAAUAGCACAACUUGAAGAAGAAAUUCGAAAAGCAGAGCAAAAAGAACAAGAGGAGAUCAAAGAUCUAACGGAAGAAGAAGCAAGGAAUAUCCAAAAAUCACAAGAGUUUGCUGAAUUCAUUGACCAUUCAACAAAGUUAGUAGAAAGAGCAUUGAAUGAGAAAUACGACUUUAUGAAAGACUAUACCCUAGGCAUCGAUGCUGAAAAUGACGAGAAUUCUGGUAAACUUGUGAAGCUCACUUGCGAAUUUUGGGAUGAGAAAUUAUGUAAGAAUAGAUCAGUAACAGAUGUGAAUUGGUCUCUGAAAUAUCCUGAACUCGUUGUUUCAUCGUAUAACAAAAAUCCUCUUGCACCUAAUGAGCCUGAUGGCAUUGCCUUGAUAUGGAACGAGCAUUUGGUUGAUCGACCCGAAUUCGUCUUCCACUCACAAUCUGACGUACUUAGCGUCAUGUUCAGCAAAUUUCAUCCUAACUAUGUCAUUGGCGGUACUUACUCUGGGCAGAUUGUAUUAUGGGAUACUCGUGCUAAGUCAUUACCUGUUCUUAAAACCCCUCUUUCCGCCGGUGGCCAUACACACCCUGUCUAUUCAUUAGAAAUGGUGGGCACUCAAAAUGCACAUAACUUAAUAUCAGCUAGCACAGACGGAUUUGUUUGUUCGUGGCAGUUGGACAUGCUGGCUCAACCUCAGGACUAUUUAGAGUUGCUACACCCUGCGCAUAAUAAGACAGAUGAAGUGUCAGUGACUUGUUUGGGGUUUCCAGAUAAUGAAACUACGGCAUUUUGGGCAGGCACAGAGGAAGGCAAUGUAUAUCAAGCAAAUCGUUACGACCGAGCGGGCAGUAAAGCAGGCAUCAAUCAGUACGAUACAUAUAGGGGUCAUCAUGGUAUGGUGACAGGCUUAAAUUUCCAUCCAUUACAUGGGCCCGUAGACUUUUCAGACCUAUUUUUAACCUCGUCUGUAGACUGGACAGUGAAGUUAUGGAGAGGCAAGCCUACUCCUAUUAUACCUCUUUAUUCAUUUGAGCAUGCAGAUGACUAUGUUUACGAUGUCAAAUGGUCCCCAACUCACCCUGCUUUAUUUGGUACUGUUGAUGGAACUGGCCAUUUUGAUAUCUGGAAUUUGAAUGCAGAUAUAGAGGAGCCAUAUGUGAGUACGCAAGUAGGUUCAGCAGGUAAAGCAUUGAAUAAAUUGGCUUGGAAUAAAGACGGUAAAAAAGUCGCAACCGGUUCCAGUGAUGGACGCGUGCACGUUUACGACAUUGGCGAGAUGGCCAAUCCUAAACCCGAUGAUUGGAGUUUAUUACAGAAGAAUAUUUCAGAAAUGAUCUCUAAUCAAGAGAGUCACACUGAUGUAUCCAAAUAA